UUCUUUUUUCCUAGAUAAUGAUUAAUAAAACCUCUCCCAAUUUCCAAUAAUAUCCAAUAUAUACGGGUGAGUCGUCAACCGUUGAAACCGCCAGACCCAAUGGAUUCUGAUUCUGAAUUCUCCCUCUCCGCGAUGGUAUACCCAGAACUCAAGACCACCCACAGACUCGACUUUGGCGUCAACUUUCAUAUCUGGAGACAAAAAAUAGGCUUCGUCCUCGUCGACAACAAGGUCAACUACGUCCUCACCGACCCAAAACCCCCGGAAAACGACGUCGCUCGCCACCAGAAGUGGAUCCACGACGACUUCAUCGCCCGACACCUCAUCAUGGGAACCCUAAACGACCACGUGUACAUGUGCUACGAGACACACGAGACUGCCAAGUCCCUCAUGGACGCUCUCACCGCCACUUACACCCAACCCUCGAUGACGAAGCGGAUGUACAAGCUCCGCAACUACGUGGGGCACAAGAUGGCCGAGGGCAAAUCCGUCCAUGAGCAUAUUAUGGAGAUGGGCUCGAUGGCUUAUGAUCUCCAAUGCGAGGGGUUGAAGAUUCCGGAGGAAGUUCAGGCUGUGAUGCUGAUGAAUAGCGUGCCGGAGAGUUGGGACGAGAUGAUGACCGUGGUGAGGUUGAACAUGGAUUUCGAUAAGUCUAAGUCGUCGGGUGAGCCAGAUUUCGGUUUGCACAAGGUGAGCAGCAGGCUCAGGGAGAUCGGGGCUUUGAAAAAGUUGUAUCGGAGGCAGGAGGAGGAGGAGGCCAAGCAGAGGAGGCCGCAUUUCAAUGGCCAUUGCCAUACUUGUGGAGAAUAUGGGCAUCACCGUAAUCACUGCACCAUUGCCAUGAAAUAGGAUGACUGACAGCAUAAGUGUGGGCGUGGAGUUUGAUCAGCUGGGAAUUGAUAAUGACAUCUUACCUGUUCAUUGCUUGAUGCAGUUUGAGAUUACUUUUAUUCUCGUUUAGGCUUUCUAAUUAGUACUUGGUGUUGGAAUUUGAACAUAAAUUGCUACCAGUAAAUUGACAUUUGCUAGUUAUGCUAUUAAGGAAUGGAAAAGUUCGCAUAAUGUCUAAGAUAUGUCUGUUGAAUUGUUGGGAUAUCUCGCUUAAUUAAAGAAA